UGUUUUCUCAAACCAAUCCCGAGGCAAAGAUAGACCGUUAUCUAGUGAAAGGAGUAGGCUGUCAGAAUCCAUGCGGAGGACUGUCGAGCGAUCAUUAUAUAAAAGGACAACGAAGAGGAUCGAAGAGGUUUUCCUUUUAGCGCUCUCGAGCGGCGAAUGAUAACAGCUGGCUUCUCGCUCAUUUCCCCGGCACAGACCGAACGAGAGUUUUUUUAGAAUUCUAAAAAAUCGCUCAUUUCCCCGGCCCGGCAAAGACCGAAUCGAACGCAGCCAGUAGCUCUUUCGUCCGUGUGACCGUCGAAUCGACGGCGGGAAUAUCGUUCGAUCCAGAGGGCAGUCGUCGGAAGCCGAAAUGAAGCUUCUGAAGAGAAGCUUCGAGAAGGACGGUCCCGGCGUGGCCAAGAUCGUGCCUGAGGUGGAGGAGGACCUAUGGCAUGCGUACAACCUCAUUGCUCCGCACGACCAUGUGCAAAGCACCACAUUCAGGAAGGUGCAGAAAGAGACGGGAGGGGGCGGCAGUGAGUCAGAGCGAAUCAAGCUGAGGCUGGAAGUGGCGGUGGAGGAGGUGGAUUUCGAUGCGUCGGCGCAUGUCAUUCGAGUUCGUGGGAAGAAUGUCACCGAGAAUGAGCACGUGAAGCUGGGAUCGUACCACACACUGGAGCUCGACCUGCAACGGGCCUUCACGCUCACAAAGGACGUGUGGGACUCAGUGGCCAUCGACCGGCUGAAGGAGGCGUGCGACCCCUCAGCCAAUGCGGACUUAGCAGUGGUGGUGAUGCAGGAGGGUCUGGCCAACGUGUGUCUCAUUGGGGGGAGUGUGACUACAGUGAAAGCGCGCAUCGAGACGGCGAUCCCAAGGAAAAGAGGGCCGGCAAUAGCAGGAUAUGACAAGGCAAUCAAUAAAUUCUUUGAAAACGUCUUUCAGGGUGUGCAACGUCACAUUGACUUCAAUGUCAUUCGCUGCCUGCUUAUAGCGAGUCCUGGAUUCACCAAGGACCAGUUCUUUGAGUAUAUGAUGCUGGAAGCAACGCGGCAGAACAUCCGAGCCAUCAUUGAGAACAAGGCGAAGAUCGUCCUCGCGCACUCCACAUCUGGAUACAAGCAUGCAGUAAAGGAGGUGCUAGCACUACCGGCUAUCAUGACUCAAAUCAAAGACACCAAGGCAGCAAAAGAGGUCAAAGCACUAGAGGACUUCUACGCCAUGCUCUCAAAUGACUCCUCUCGAGCCUUCUAUGGUCCUGGGCAUGUGGAGGCAGCCAACGAGCGCCUUGCCAUUCACACCCUCCUCAUCUCAGACGACCUGUUCCGGAAUGCGGAUGUGAAGACAAGGCGGCGAUAUGUGGAUCUGGUGGAGUCGGUUCGAGGGAAUGGCGGUCAAGUGCACGUCUUCUCCUCCUUGCACGUAUCGGGAGAGCAACUGGUCAAUCUCGCCGGGAUCGCAGCAAUCCUCCGCUUUCCGCUGCCAGAGUUGGAGGACAUGGAGUUGUAACACAAGAUAGUGGACCAGUUAUUAGCAAGUCCCAAAGGACUAAUUGGGAUGCGAUGAGGUGAUGUGCAUUUAGUGUUGUAAGCGUAACAACAGAAAGUUUGCAGCAAAUGUGAAGGUGUACCCAGCGGUACCGAGGGAUCAAGCAUAAAGCGUCCCAAACACUUGUCCUCGGGCCAUAUUUCUCUGUGCGGCCGUAUUU